CUUAGCUCACGAUUGGGACUGACCGAUAUCUGAGGGCAUUUCCCCUAUUGAACGUCCGUCCUCCAUAGGGGAGGGGCUGUUUCCCUGGCUGUGUUGCACCAGUAACAUUCCGGGGUUAUUUUCGGGCGAAACGGCGAAACACAGGAUUUCCCCGUCCCCAUUCCAGUGGGGGUAGUUGCCGUCCUCGACGGCAGUCUCAAGAAGUAAGAAAAUAAAUACUAAAUAGAUACGUUAAGGAGCGAGAGAAGCAGCAAGAUGGAAGAAGAGGACAAUGAGUCGGUCUUCAGCAACAGUAGCGCAGAGGGAGAUGCCUUUAGGGAGCGGUUGGAGGGAAGAGACUGGACCUAUAUCCAGAGAAAAUAUCAAACAGGGCACUACCUGUGCAAGUCCUGCGGUUUUCUCGCUUCGCUAAUUCGAUUAGACGCUCCGCUUGACUUGAUUCAAAGAGUAUGCCACGAUAAUAGAUUCGGGUACAAGUUGCUAAAUGAUGAUUAUGUUCGGAUGGAUGGGGUUGAGGAAACACUAAAUCUUACCGCCUUGACCAUUGCCAGUAUCUUUAGCUGCGACGAGACGUUUUGGUUUAUCACGGCCCAGACCAGAGAGCAUGCCGAAAGCUACGAAAAAUUGAAUCCCGAUAACGUGAGAAGGAAGGGCCCGGCUCAGGUGUUUUCGGAUAUUGGGUUGAUUCCGCUUCCCAGGCUCAGGCAAAUCUGUGAGGCGUUUCCUACACGCUGUCGAUUCAUUGCCGAGGGGUGGGAUUCUGAUGACAAGAGGACACCAGAAGUAGAUGGUCUGGUAGACUACCUAUUGACUCGUAAAAAUGAAGUGGUGCAAGAUGAUGCUGUGAAUUCGAUGGAGAAGUACAUCUGCACUCUGAACUGCAAGCUGACCAUCUUAACUGAAGAGGAGAAGUCGCGGAUGGUGACGUACGACAAUCAAGGUCAUCUCCUAGUUCUACAUACCCUUUUUCAACUCUUUCUCUCCGAACCGUUUUGUGGGGAUAACAGCAGACUCAUCAAGCGAAAGCAGGAGUUCAUUCAGCAGAGUCUCCCAACUCUUCAAUUCCUACAAGAUAAUGCCGAUAGGAUGCCACAAGGCUGCGCUAUUGACGGACUAGUAGCCAACGGAGACUCGCUGUUGCACAUUUUUCUUCGAAAUGUGUCUUAUCGAAGAUUGCCAUUGGAGGAGGGUCGCAUCUGGUACUGUAGUUUCACGUUCAAUCUCCCUGAAAGAGAGGCACUGCGCGAGUUUACUCAGUGGCUAGUCAAUUUUCAUCCUGAAUCAAUUACGGUACGAGACAGCAGUGGAUGUUUACCCAUUCACAUAGCAGCUCGGGAAGGCAUUCCCGUGGAAGAUAUCCUGCUACAGGCCUCGCCGGAAGGGCUCCGAGAGAAUAAGGCUGGCUUUUAUCCCUUUCAGUUGGCAGCCUUGAGUCUGCAAGGAUCCAUGCACCAGAGAGAGAACGAGCAUUUGCUAGCCUUUGGCGAUGACGAUGACACUGUCGAUGUUGGUGAAUGGAGAAGACAGCGGGCUGUCGAGCGAACAUUUCGCUUUCUACUCGCAGAUCCAACCGUCUUGGACCUAAGCUUGACGCCACCAACCGAAUCUCCCACCCAGCAAAUAUCAGGUGGUGAAGAUCAAGAAGAUGAUGCUGUUGAUCUUGACAAUCUGAAAGGGGGAGGUCAGGAGACUGAGGAAGAUGAGGAGUAUUUCACUGCGGACGAGGGAGAAGAGUAGUCCACGCUCCCUUGCUAGUCUCCAGCAACCCAAGGUUAUACCGGCGGCACAGGAUCCAACUGCCUCGACGCAAAGUGGUACGAGUAUCCCUAGCUGACCGUCUUUAGUUUUGACAUGAGCAGUUGUUGAAAUAGUGUUGACAUCAACUAGCUACCUGGAUGCUACUUGGUGCUCUUUAGAUGAGUGGAGAGGUCUGGUUGUAGGCCCGAACCUGAUGAAGCAAGCAGCUGGUCGAUCCCACGAUCCCGUCACUAGCACUGGCAACGGCGGAGGUUUGACGCGUGUUGCUUUCGGGUCCGCGCGCAGCGCGGUAUCGCGGAAGAAGAGAAAAGAAAAGGAAAAGAAAAAGAACACCCCGACGACGGACAGACAGGCACCCCCUAAAUCACUAUCACGCCCUUCCUCCAUACCAUCUAAAUCUAGAAGAACCGGGCCCUUUAUCUCCUGGCCGUCUGUCGAAGGAAUUAGCUAGAUUUCGAGGUUAAAACCCUACUACCACCGCUACUGAAAUUAUGGGCCC